UGCGCGAUUUCGUCACAUUCGACUUAACGGCAGCGGAAAAUGUUGUCGACGAUCCUCAUUUCAAAUUUGUACGCAGAAAUAUGAUUUUCAUCCAUGGUUGGCGACGAUCGCCUGAUUCACCAAACAUUCAAACUCUACUAAAUGCUUACCUUGUCAACGGCUCAUUCAACAUUUUGGCAUUGGAUUGGAGCGAAACAGCGUCGGGCAUUUUCUUAGACCAAGUCGCUCAUAAAAUUGAACCACUGGGCAUAGCAGUUGCAUUAUUCAUUGAACGAUGGAAUUUGCAAAAAGGAAUUCCGUUCUCAUCAAUGCAUCUUGUGGGUCACUCGCUGGGUGCUCAUUUGGCUGGAUCUGCAGGAAAGAAUAUAAAAGAGUGGUCGGGUCAAACGAAGUACAUCGAAAGAAUAACUGGACUCGACCCUGCCUCUACAGCAGAUGAUUUCUUGCAGUGGCGUUAUGCCAGAUUUGUUGAUAUUAUUCAUACUGACGCUAACGGCGCCGGGACAAAUAAAAAUACUGGGCACGUCGAUUUCUGGCCAAACAAUGGUGUUGCAGUUCAACCGGGAUGUCCACCGAUACUAUUUCAACCUAGGUGCAGUCAUCGAAGGUCAAUUGUACUUUAUGCUGAAAGUGUACAGAGGGCAUACCGUAGUGCUAAUUUCUUAUCAACGAAUAAGGACAAUGCUAGCGAUGUUAUUGAAAUGGGCCUGAAUUGUCCCACAAAUGCUCGGGGUGUGUAUUCACUGUCAACUAACGGACACAGCUGGUAUUCGCAAUCAUAAUUGGAGGAUACAGGCAAAAUCAAAUUUGUAUUUUGACCUGACGUUAAACGUGUAUUUUGAUUAAACCGUAGC